AUGGAGAUCACAUUCCGUAACUUGAAGAUAUGUACUCCAAGAUUGAUUCAUGAUUUACUCAAGAGCAGUUACGAAACACUUAAUGACAACGAGAAGGAAAUUUUUCUGGACAUUGCUUGUUUCUUCAAGGGAGAAGAUGUUGACUAUGUGAAGCAACUGCUUGAGGGUUGUGGUCUCUUUCCACAUGUUGGGAUUGAUGUUCUUGUGGAGAAGUGUCUGGUGACUAUUUUAGAAAACAGAGUGAAAAUGCAUAGAAUAAUCAAAAGAUUUGGCAAAGAAAUAAACAACAAAGAAACAACAUGGCUCAAGAGGGGUUGCAGGCUGUGGGGAUUUUCUGCUGAAGAAUUUCUACUUGAAGAUGAAAAACUUGAAGAAAAGGGACAUCUCAAAGCAACCUGUAAAAGAUAUCUGGUCGCUGAAGACAUCAAAGCCAUAUCUCUGGAUACAACGUUUUCUCGAUUAGUUUUGAAACCCACUGCUUUUGAGAAUUUGCUUAACCUUAGGUUCCUGAAGAUUUCUUGUUACAGUAAGGAAAACAGUUACGGCGUCCACCUUCCAGAAGGACUCAACUCUCUGCCUGAUGGGCUAAGACUCCUCCACUGGGAGAACUAUCCUUUGCAAUCCUUGCCACAAGGCUUUGAUUCAGGCCACCUUGUUGAACUCAAUAUGCCUUUCAGUCAGCUUCAGAAACUUUGGAGAAGAACCAAGAACCUCAACAUGCUGAAGAUUGUUAGGCUUAGUUGUUCCGAGCAUCUGACUGAAGUUGAAGAUAUUUGUAAAGCUCAAAACAUCGAGCUAAUAGAUCUCGCAUGCUGUACGAAAUUAAAGAGUUUUCCAGCCACGGAUCAGUUACAACAUCUCCGAGUUGUAAACCUCUCAGGUUGCACUGAGAUCAAAAGUUUCCCAGAGUUUUCACCAAAUAUUGAGGAACUUAAUCUCCAGGAAACUGGCAUAAGAGAAUUACAAAUAUCAACUGGAAAAGCCAACAAUCUCAAGACAUUAAAUCUUAGUGGAUGUUCAAGUUUGGUGCAGCUCCCCUCCUCCAUUGGAGAUGCCACCAAUCUCAAGAAAUUAUAUCUUGCUGGAUGUUCAAGUCUGAUGCUGCUCCCCUCCUCUAUUGGUAAAGAAUCAAAACUCGAAAUACUGGAUCUCAGUAAUUGUUCAAGUUUAAUAGAGCUUCCUUCUUCAAUCGGAAAUGCCACUAAUCUUGAGUGUUUGAAUCUGGAAUACUGCUCAAGUUUGGUGAAACUCCCUUCCUCCCUUGGAAAUGCCACUAAACUCAAGAAAUUGUGUCUUCGUGGAUGUUCGGCUCUUGUGAAGCUUCCAUCUUCCAUAGGGAAUGCCAUUAGUCUUCAAGAUUUGAAUCUUGAGUAUUGUUCAAGCUUGGUGGAGCUCCCCUCAUCGUUUGCAAACGCCAAUAAUCUCAAGAAAUUAUAUCUGACUGGAUGCUCAAGUUUGGAUGAGCUCCCUUCCUCCAUUAGGAAUUCAACUAGUCUCAUAUCUAUAGAUCUCAAUGAUGACAACAGCCUGCCUAUUGUUACUGUUAGCGACAACUCAGGAUCCAGGUGUAUUGAGGUUAGGCGCGCAAAGGGAGGGAAUUUCUACGUCCUCGAGGGUGAACAACAGGAUGAAGGCUUUCUGUACUUGAGUUUUCUUUUAUAUGAGAAUGAACUUCCAAGGAUUUCUGUUUUCCCCUUCUAUCAAAAUGACGACACUACUUAUAAGGCGUCCAGUGAGAUUGUUGAGGAACUCCAGUUAACUGAUCUUCACGUAACCACCUUUAUAGCCGAACUUAUUGAUAUAGUACUUGUUAACUUGAUACCUGACUGGAAAGCCGAUGUUCCAGUAGAUUAUCUCAUCCAUUCACACCUGAAUCAGAAUUUGACAAGUCAUCGGAACAAAGGUAUGACCCAGAGAGAAGAGGAGAGCGUUUUUCAAGAUACUAUGUCGGUUAGUCGUUUAUCGUGGAACUCAGAAUCCACACGAUUAGAAGAGGUAAGUAAGCAUUGUGUUGAUGAGACUGAAGAAAAAGAGGGGAGCUCAAGUCAAGAAGCAAACGAACCAGUAAGCUUGGAGGAAGAAGAGAGAUUAAGACAGGAAAUGGAGAACGAGAUAGAAGCUAAGUAUCAGGAAGAAAUGGAAGAGAUAGAGAGGAAAAGAGAACAAGCCAUAAUGGAGAUGAGGAAAAAGUUGUCUCAAGGAAAAAAGAGAAAAAGUUGAGUACGUACAGAAAAAAAAAAAAAAAAACACACAUUGAACAACAAGGAAUUCACUGGUUUCUUUUUCUUUUCUGUGUUAAUUUGUUGGUUGAAGAAGUCUCCACUCUCUGGAAUAAGAUUUUUCUCUUUUGUUAUCAAGAUUAUGAUUUGGACGAAUGUUUAAAGACAAAAACAUAACGAUAAUAGAAAACCAUAUUUAGUGGAUAA